AUGGCCGCCCAGAAGGUCGCUCUCAUCACUGCCGGCUCGGCGGGCGUCGGCGCCCAGAUUGCGCGUGUCUUCGCACCCGACUUCAGAGUGGUCAUCAACUACGCCAACAACGUCGAUCGUGCACAAGCCCUGUUACAAGAGCUCCACAACGUUCCGCUGGCCUCGACCAUCCCCGCUGCUGCCGCUGCCACCCCGCGCUUCCAUGCUAUCCAGGCCGAUGCCGGCGACAAGGCCUCGGUGCAGAGCCUCGUCGCCGAGACGGUCAAGACCAUGGGCCGCCUGGACGUCGUCGUCUCAAACGUGGGCUGGACACGCAUUACGAACAUCUUGAACUUCGACGAGGGCGUGGUCGAGGAAGACUGGGAUAAAUGCUUCGUCUACAACGUCAAGACCCACAUGUGGCUGGCAUACGCCGCCAAGAAGCACCUCGAAGAGACCGAGGGUGCUUUCAUCACCACGGCUUCUGUGGCUGGUGUCAAGCCGAGCGGCAGCUCUUUGCCCUACGGCGUGACCAAAGCCGCACAGAUCCACUUGGCGAAGACGCUUGCCGUCAUCUGCGCUCCAAAGAUUCGUGUGAAUUCCGUCAGCCCAGGCCUGCUUAUGACGGAAUGGGGCGCACAGUUCCCCGAGGAUAAAAUAAAGAAAUCCAUCCAAAACACCAAGUUGAAGCGUUUGGCUACAGUCGAGGAUGUGGCGAACCAGGUGCGGACGAUCGCUCUCAGUCAAUCGCAAACCGGACAAAACUUCUUGAUAGAAUCAGGAAUGACGCUCUAG